AUGCAGCCCCGUUCAGCGCCGCCGCCGCCGGUGAACUUUACCUCCAUCGUCAGUCGUCCUCCUAAUCGUAUUAAUCCGAAUAACCGCAUGUCUAAUGCAGGAGCAUCAUUGCUCCGGUAUCAAGAUCAGUACUUAUACGAUGACAGGUACUUUUUCAACGAAGAAGAGGUGGCCCUAAUAUUAGAGUUAUCGGACGACGACGACGAUGUAGUAGUUCUCGACGACAGCAACAACUUCACCGGUGGUGGUGGUGAUAAUUAUGAGCAAGAAGUUUGUGUUAUAUGCCAGGAUGAUUUGUUCGGAGAACACGAGAAUAUUAUCGCCACCCUUGAUUGCGGCCAUGUUUAUCAUGUGGAGUGCAUCAAGAAAUGGCUUCGGUCGAAGAACGAGUGCCCGAUUUGCAAAGCCAGGGCGCUGAAUUUCAAUUGA